AUGGUCUUGCAGAUACAAUAUGCAGACCAACAACAAUCUACAAAACCAUAUCCGUUGAAUGCAACAUAUAUUUCUUUUAACGAGGCGUUGAUAUUUGAAUUUGACAGACCUAGUGAGACUGAACUUACUAUUCGCCUUUGGGAUUCAAGAAAUGGUCCCGAGGGAAGGGUGGGCGAGGCAAAAACCAAAUUUCGAAAUUGGGGCAAAGAUCAUAAAGCUACCGUGGGAUUAUUCAAGGAUCAGAAGCUAAUUGGCGAUCUAAAAAUGAACUUUUAUCCGUUGGCAAAUACAAAUGAAUCUCCUCGGAAGUACUUCAAAUUUGAUUCCAUGAAUGGCGAAACUAUUGGGGCUCUUUUAAUAGAUGACAUCAAAUCAUUCUCCAAGGAAUUAAACAGAAGAGGUACCACAUUCGAGUUUGAGAUGAAAUCAAGUACACAAGCUUCACUUUAUAACAGAGACUCGAAGUAUCCGAUUGUUUGUCUGAAAAUGUUCGCGCAUCCGCAAUCCAUUAUAAGUAUAUCGUAUAAAUCUAGAGAUGUCGUUGUUGCAGAGGCAGAAUUUGAUUUCAGAGGGGAAAACGAUGGGAAGUGCUGGAAAGAAUUAACAGAGAAAGGCUCAACCGAAGUUCUUAAUAUUUCGUUUAAGAAAAACAACGUGACACAUGGAAGGAUUUCCUUCAAGAUGUCAUUUCAUAGGAUUCUUUUUUUGGAAGAACAUUUGUCCAAAAAAAAAUCUUUCACAAGCUUUCCUUCACUUUCGAAUCACAGUACCUUUCCUAACAAUAAAUUAAAAUCCCCUCCAAUUCAAAUACCACGUUCCGAUACAUAUCCUAUUAAAAACCAAGGUACUCUUGCGGGACUUAGUUAUGAAAGAAAACCACGAGCAACAUUAGAAUACCCUCAUAGAGAUGGGAAUAUCGAAAAUCGACCAGGAUUAGACUCACACAAAAAUUCUAAUAUAUGCUCUUCGCCAGAAUAUAUGAGCUCUUCACCACAAGAGAUAUUGGGAUCUAGCCCUUCAAUACAUACGUCCUUAUCCAGGACGAGCUCUAAACAUACUCUCUCAGAUAACUCUGAAGACUCUCCUAUUUCAGAGAAAGUUUGUUUGAAGUAUAUCGUUGAUGUUGAGAUCAAAUCCUUUCGCGGAUCUAGGAGACGAUGUAGAACUUUCAGAGGUUCCCACGAGGCCAACGAAAAACCAGUCAUAAUAAAAAUCUAUCCCAAGGAGUGGAAAGCAUUGUGGCGCAAUGAAAUCAAUAUGAUUAAAAAGUUGAAAUCUAGUUACCUUGUAGAAUGGGAAGAUGCAGAAGAAUCUUCUGUAGGAUUUAUAUUUGUGUUUAAUUAUCACGGGAAAACUUUGGGAUCCGAGAUUCUAGAGAUCGUUAAAAAAAAAUCGUUGAUCAAAUGUGUUCUAAUGAACACGUUGCUUGGGAUCAUGUACUUGCACGAACAUGAUGUAGUGCACUUGAAUAUUAAUCCCAAUAAUGUGUGGCUCCAGAAGAAACCAGAAUCGUAUGAAGUGCGGAUUUCGGAUUUUGAUUCUGCACGCGAAGUUGACACUGUCAUUAAAAACGAAGAUGGUUUACCACGCACUUUAGGAUAUUCUGCGCCUGAAAUCUUUUAUGAUGGAUACAAAGUUCAUUUUUCUGCAGAUGUUUUUAGCUUCGGGGCAUUGAUGUAUUACAUUUAUACUGAUGGGAGAAAAAGGAUAUAUCAAAGUUUGGGGGAUUUGCGAGUGUUGGAAAAUAAAACACUGAAAGAACCCUUAAUGGAAGUAGAAGACACAAAUGCAUCUCAUUUAAUGGAAAAAAUGCUCACUAUGACUCCGAAGAAUCGAUUAACUUUCCAGGACAUUUUGGAUGAUGAAUAUUUUCAAUCUAGCAAUAUUACUUCGCCGUUCUUACGUUAA